AUGUCGUCGAAUGGCGUCCUCGUCGCCGCCGAAAUCCAUGAUUUCCUGCAACAGGUCGAACGGGCAAGGGGGACCGGGUUCCCGUUGCAUUCAUUUGAGUCGAGUGGGCCAUUGGCCGCUCGUCCUGGCGCAUACUAUGCUCCUUCACUCAUGCUGUCGGAGUCGCGGGCUUCAGUGCAGCCGCAGAGGCAGCAAGACAUGGUGUCCAUGGCAAGCGCUGCAACGCCCAUGAGCGCCAUCUUCGAUACCUUUGAUAGUUACUCGACGUAUUCGGCAUCGACAGCGCCUCCUCAACGAGGGCCCGAGCCGCCGCAGCGCCAGCGUGCAACGGUGCCCGACUUUGCAGCUUCGUGGCUUCCGUGCGAAUUCCACAAGCUGUCGGGCUGUGAGGAGAGGUUCAUCCUAGACGAGGUCGAGGCAUGGAUUCAACACAUGAUGGUCGUGCAUCUGCAGGGAAUCCUCCCUACGUUCUGCAUCUGCUGGUUCUGCGAUCACGCCAAGUUCCAGGCAGUGACGGAACGGCCCGAAGACCGGGAGGUGGCCUACCAAGCGCGGAUGCGCCACAUUGCAAGCCACUUCUUUUGGGAUGGAAAGACGGCGGCAGAUGUUCGCUGGGAUUUCCAUUUUCUUGACCACGCCCAUGACUAUGGUCUCAUUACCGAGAGCGUCUUCCGAUGGGCAACACGCCAGGGCGAAGUGCGAAUGCCGCGGGGUAUGACGUUUGACGACCCGCGCACCGUCAGGCCGGCCGGCGAGGAACAGAGCGAGAGGCGGCCGCGCCACGCUCGGCCGCGGGAUGCGACUCGCCCGUCCCACGUGCGCCGCGAAAGAUAA